ACCAUCUUGUGUGUCGUCGUCACACCCCAAAGUCCCCGCUGUUUUUAAUCUUUGUGAUCUGCAUGAGUAGCAGUGGAACAAAACAGGACUUGGCCGGUCUGUUACCGUCUUGUUAUGGCCCCUCUGAUGUUAUGUCAUUGUCUUAAUUUGCUUUUGUCCUUGUUAGGAACCGCGUUCGGAAGACGCAGAAUGUGGAGGGAAGGCGUGACUGUAAUCAUGGUGAUAGCGGAGUGCUUGGACGUGGGCUUGAACACUGUUAACAAAGCUGCUGUGACGAGAGGGAUGAGUGAAUUCGUCUUUGUUACGUACUCCAAUUCCCUCGCCUUUUUCUUCCUUCUCCCAACUUCCAUCAUAUUUUACAGAAAAAGGUCUCUUCCUCCACUCACAUGGAGCAUACUUGGUGGAAUGUUUGUUGUUUCCAUGAUUAGUUAUAGUGUACAGAUACUUAAAGCUUUGGGGAUAGGUUACAGCUCUCCUACUAUGGCCUCAGUAGCGUCUGAUCUAAUACCAGCCUUUACUUUUUUCCUGGCCAUCAUCUCCGGGUUUGAGAAACUGGACUUGAGAGUUAAAAGCAGCCGCGCCAAGUGCAUUGGCACCAUUGCUUUAAUCGCAGGGGCUUUGACCGUCACUCUAUACAAAGGCCUACCAAUUACGGUUGCCUCAUUACCCAAGAGAGUGGAGGUCGGGCGACAUUUUUCAACGAUGCAAUCAAACUGGCUCCUUGGGGGCUUUCUCCUGGCGUCUGGAAGCUUUUUACUUGCACUUGGGUUCAAUAUACAGACAAGGAUUAUUAGGGAGUACCCUGCAGAGCUGAUUGUGGCACUCAUUCGCUGUAUCUUUGUGGCCAUCGUAUCAGCCAUCAUCUCAUUAAUUGCAGAGAAAGACCCAAAUGCUUGGAAAUUGAGCCUCAAUAUGGAGUUGAUCGCUAUAGGAUACUCGGCACUGUUUUCAUUUACAAUCCGAGCAAGUGUUUAUCUAUGGGCAUGUCGUGAGAAAGGGCCUGUGUAUGUAGCCAUGUUUAAGCCCCUUGGUAUAUUCAUUGCGGUUGUCAUGGGGGUUACUAUUCUUGGGGAUACUCUUUAUCUUGGAAGUGUGAUUGGAGCGGCAAUAAUAGUUCCUGGGUUUUAUGCUGUGAUAUGGGGGCAAGCUCAUCAAGAGAUUCAACCGGUUGAUGAAGAUCAUCCAAAUUGUAGCCUUGAGUCAUCCUUUCCUAGAGUUCCUCUUUUGCAGAAUAAAAGCACUGAAAUAUAGAUUUCUUUCAAAAAUAUGAUCGAAGCUAGCUCAUUUAAAGCCUUCCGUACUUGUUGCUGAAAAUUUAAAUUGAUUGGCCGUAAGCAUGUGUUAUGUGCAAGAACAACUAAAAUUAUUAAAUGUGAAUAUUUUAUGUAACUAAGUUAGCAUACCUCGAGAGAUUAUACAAAAUAAAACCUCUAAAAAUUGUAUAUUAGCA